AUGGCUUGCUCCAUCACUCUGCCAUUCUGGCCGAGCGCGCUGGACUGCAUAGACUGGUCGCUGGACAAUCACAUGGCCGUGGUGGCCGGAGAGAACGUGAGCAUCCUCAUUCCUCGACUACACGCUUCGCAUGCACCAUUCUGGGACGCCAUUCUUGUCCAGGUGAACGCCUUCACCCUUGCCGAGCUACCGCUUUUUGAGCCUCUGUCAGACCAGGCCUUCUCCAUAGGCGAGGAAGUUGCACUGCGACAGGUGCAGGCCGCCAAAUGGUCACCUCCAGGCCUGGCCAGAUUCGGGAGGUGUGCUCUGGCUGUGCUCACCAGUAACCAUGUGCUGUCACUCUGGAGUCCUUCGGGCAAAGUACACCUUCCCACCAACUGGAAGCGGAACGUCAUCAUCAACCAUGCCGUUCGCGCAUACUACAAGCAGCAUCUCCGUGGCCAAGCCGAUGACUCGGAGCAAGCCCAGGUGCAGCAGCGCAUCGUUGCCUUCGCAUGGAGUCCAGCUCUGCAUUCAGGCAGCGAACGCCACAACGAACAUCUCUUCCAUGGCAGCCAUUUCCUCGCAGUCGCUACAGAAGCAAACCAUAUUCUGCUGCUCCAUAUCAGCUCGCCAGAGUGUGACAGCUUGGGCCGAAAAUUGGAGUGCCAAAUGCUCGUCACCGACAACAUCAGCGUUGCUCACCGUGUCAGUCAUAUCGCCUGGAGUUCGUGGCAACCGGAUGAAUCAGGGGGCAAGAACACCUCGACUCUUUCCUACAUCGCCGGCGGCAAGCUUUUCUCUGCCAAGAUCCGCGCCAUUUCUGCCCAGGCUGUGAGAGCUGUGUCAGGUGAGAAACAAGUUCACGAUUUAUCUAACGCAGCCGGACCACUACUCUUGCAGCGCGGCGCGAUGCUCGCAUUUGGUCCGGACAUCGUGUACCAUGUCACGCCAGACCAAGACCAAAUGUCGCACCACCUUGAUGACAGAUGGGAUCCGAUAGCAGGUGCAGCCAUUACUGACGACGCACUGCACAUUGCAUCUCAAAUGUCAACCACAACUACUGCAACGGCAUCGCUUCGUGUUUCGAAAGAUGAGAAAGAGCUUCAACCACACGAGAAUCCCCAAUGGAAGGACGCGAUACUUGAGUACAAGUCAUCUUAUGGUGCCCAACACGAUUUGGCUAGCAAAGUCCAGGAACGCACCUGGGGCAUGGCUUCCUCGCCACUGGGUGGAUUCAUCGCGACCUGUGCGAGCAUGCAUCCGGCAGACACGAUUGCCUACGUGAUUUCUUCUGACCAAGUCACUCUUCUCAGUAUCACAUCAGAGAGCAUAAGGAAGACCGUUCUGGGAGAUGUCACUUCCAUGGAUGUUUUAAGCUUCUACAUGCGACACUGUCAAUGCCAGACGCCUCCCAAGGUCCAGCCUACAACGCAGGAUCCAGCCUCGCAUACGAAUGUCGACGACCUGUUGCGAUCACUUAGAACCAUGAUUUACAGUACCGAGCUUCGACAGAUGCAGAUGAACACUACGAUGGCUCUGAUCGAUGGCGGCAGCUGCAGUUCACCAGAUUCCAUCAAAUUCGUCACUGACCAUAUAACGAAGCUCUUCUUAAGCUUUCCCGCCGUAGGCUUGCAGAUUGACAGGCUCAGCCUAGACAUCUGCAAUCUCUAUGACUUGGCUUUGUCGAAAGUGGAUGCCAAGCAUGCUCUUGGCGAUCUGAUUGCAUCUGCAAAGACAUGGUCUGAGCGUUGCACGAUAUGCCACGAGUCAAUUCCUUUCGAGAGCUUUAAGUGGGCACGGUGUGCCAAGGAACAUCAGUUCGCUCGCUGUGCUCUUUCGCUCCUCAGUAUCCAGGGACCCGGAAGUACCAAACAUUGCGGCAUCUGUGGGUUGCAGUAUCUAGACGAAACGAAGUCGCUGAGUUUGCAGCCAAAAAAGCAAAUGGCUGCUGUGCCUGUUGCGGCGGUACCCGGAGCAGAUCAAUCUACAAUCCCGGCCAAUAGCACGUGGGUCAAGAUCUCGCGUAGUGGAAGCACUACUGCACGAACGACAACAACCCUGGCUCAACUACUGUUCGCGGCGUGCGACCGUUCGAUGGAGUCAAACAUACACGCCAGCACAGAAGGUGUUCGAUUUUCAAACUCGCCAAGACGAUACACGCAGGUCAUGGAAGGACCACAGAGUCCAGCUCGCAGCAUGCAUCCAGAGCAUAGUGGUCUUGGGCUCCAGAUGGAGAACAUAGACAGUCAAGCAGACUUCGGUCACAGGACGACGGACUAUUUCGACGAUACUUCGGAAGAUGAGGAAGCCCCACCUCCUGUUUCUGGAGAUCUCGAAGCAGUAAUUGGAAGAUCUGGUUCACCAAGCAAGAAGAAACGUCCAAUCUCGUCCACACAGAUGAUGGUGUCACAAUGCGAGCCUAAACGAGUGAGCAUCAGACCUGAGGAGCCGCGGUCUGAGGGCUAUGAGCGAAUAGACUCCAACUUGAACCAGCAAGUACCAGAUCGCGCCACUGCCACGCCUGAUACAUCUUUCAAUGGUUCCGUGGAAGAGUUUCUGCCAGGUGAAGCUAGCACGCCACAACAAGCGAAAGCUAUUCGCCUUUCCUCAACUACGCGCUUCCGAACGUCAGGCCUAUAUGGCUCUCCUCAUUCGACACGAUCCGGAGAUCAAUACAGGCCACCUCAUGAAAGAGAUGCGCGCAUGUCGCAGCAUCACGACAAUUUUGAACAGAGAUUGGGAAUUCAUGCUGCUGCAUACGACAAAUAUCUGCAUUCGAUGCUUGAAGAUCCCGAACUUGCACGACUAGACCCUUUAAACAACCCACGAGCUUCUCAGAUCCCGCCGCGCCUCAGCAUAAAUUCCAAGAAGAAGGUCUCUGUGGUAAGACCACCUCCACUUGCCUCUGCAGAUAGAGGAGAGUUCCCUGAAAAUCCUCAACGAACACCGUAUCCUUUCUACAAAAGCCCUUCUCUACCCAAGGACAGCGCUUUACCCAAAGACACCGAGAAUUUCCUCAUUCUCAGCAUUCGUCGAGGCUACCGAAAUGGUAGCACCAGAACAACUGGUCUUAGGAUCCCGUCAGAAAAGGCACAAGCUUCUGAAAGCACGUACUCUGUUCCCGGGGCACAAGAGAAAGCUAGCAACGUUGCUUUUGACGAUCAGAACUUCUUCAACGAACUUCGAGCUGCCUAUGCGUCACUGGCAGGCCCUUUUCGCUUUUUUAGCGCUCGAAAGUUGACCAGGAUUGCACUCAAAGGACCUGCUACCAAAGCCGCAGAUGCACAAUACGGCUGGAUCCCUUCAAGUCCAGGCCUUCGACCUGCCAGCUGGAAGGGCUCAGCAGGACUUUCGGUGGAGAAAGCUUACACCUACUAUCAAAGGCCGGCGCUCGGCAAAGGCCGCGUGCCGUACGUGAAAUGGGCACGAGAAUUAGCAGCUGCUGGCAAUCUCGAUAAACCACCUCAGCAUAUGGAAAAGCAGGAUUUGACACGUCUUGAGACGGAUUCAGAACCUUCCGAAGGUCUGGAAUUCGUGGUUGGAUGGUCGAUCUCUCGCAUUCUAUUUGCGCUACUUCUGGUCCUUCUCUUAGCCGUCGCGGCGACUUUACUCUGGAUCUUUCUCGGACGGAAUACGGCUGUAUCUUCGCCCGCUCCUGCAAAUGCUGGUUUCAGAGAUGCGGGAGAUCGAGUCGGUACGGGAGUUUUGAUCGGCGUUCUGGUCUUGUUCAUCGGCAUGACUGGCAUCAGUGGCUGGAUAGGUGUGAGUUGGCUGGUAAUGUGA